CCCUCUUUCUCUCUCCGCGCUGGCGGCCAUCGCAGACGGUAGGAGCGGAUCGGGCCGGGCCCUCAAUUGAAUCCGCCGCCAUCCUCCCGUUCCGCCGCCGCCAUGACGGAGCAGAUGACCCUCCGCGGUACCCUGAAGGGCCACAAUGGGUGGGUGACGCAAAUCGCCACCACCCCGCAGUUCCCGGACAUGAUUCUCUCCGCGUCGCGGGACAAAACCAUCAUCAUGUGGAAGCUGACCCGCGAUGAGACCAACUACGGGAUCCCGCAACGCGCCCUGCGUGGCCACUCGCACUUUGUCAGCGAUGUGGUCAUCUCCUCUGAUGGGCAGUUUGCACUGUCGGGUUCAUGGGAUGGCACCUUGAGGCUGUGGGACCUCACCACAGGAACCACCACCCGCCGCUUUGUUGGCCACACCAAGGAUGUGCUGAGCGUCGCCUUCUCCUCCGAUAACCGCCAGAUCGUUUCGGGCUCCAGGGACAAAACCAUCAAACUCUGGAACACUUUGGGUGUCUGCAAAUACACGGUGCAGGAUGAGAGCCACUCCGAGUGGGUUUCCUGCGUGCGCUUCUCCCCCAACAGCAGCAACCCCAUCAUUGUCUCCUGUGGCUGGGACAAGUUGGUGAAGGUUUGGAAUUUGGCUAACUGCAAACUGAAGACAAACCACAUUGGCCACACAGGAUAUCUGAACACAGUGACUGUCUCUCCUGAUGGCUCCCUGUGUGCUUCUGGAGGCAAGGACGGCCAAGCCAUGCUGUGGGACCUGAACGAAGGCAAGCACCUCUACACUCUGGAUGGAGGGGACAUCAUCAACGCGCUGUGCUUCAGCCCCAACCGCUACUGGCUGUGUGCUGCCACUGGCCCCAGCAUCAAGAUCUGGGACCUGGAAGGUAAAAUCAUCGUGGAUGAGCUGAAGCAGGAGGUGAUCAGCACCAGCAGCAAAGCUGAGCCACCCCAGUGCACCUCUCUGGCGUGGUCUGCAGAUGGACAGACACUGUUUGCUGGCUACACAGAUAACCUCGUCCGGGUUUGGCAAGUCACCAUUGGAACCAGAUGAGGACGUGGUAACAAGACACAGAUUUUAUGCACAAAACUCAAUAAAAGAGCGCUCUGUUGAGCUCA